AUGACUCGGAGGGCUACCACCAUUAAGGACCUGGAAGAGAAACUGCGGGCUACGCUUAAAGAGCUGGAGAAAACAAAACAGCUGUGCAGCCAAUUGCUCCAAGAACGGGAUGACAGUGAGGUUGAAGUCAAAGUUAUAGUUGACAAAAACACUUCCCUCAAGAAUGAGCUUGCUGAACUGCACAUCCAGUAUAUGGAUGUAUUAGAUCAACACAACCAGAUGCAGUACACCAUCUCCACAUUUCAAGAGUGCAGAGACACACAUGAAGCUGCGCUAAAACGAAUAUCUGCAUUAGAGUCUGAACUGUGUGAUGCCCAUAAUUUAGUUUCUUCUUCGCAGAAAUUAAAUAAAGGACAUAAGCCUAAGACUAAGACAAUGAUGACUCGGAGGGCUACCACCAUUAAGGACCUGGAAGAGAAACUGCGGGCUACACUUAAAGAGCUGGAGAAAACAAAACAGCUGUGCAGCCAAUUGCUCCAAGAACGGGAUGACAGUGAGGUUGAAGUCAAAGUUAUAGUUGACAAAAACACAUCCCUCAAGAAUGAGCUUGCUGAACUGCACAUCCAGUAUAUGGAUGUAUUAGAUCAACACAACCAGAUGCAGUACACCAUCUCCACAUUUCAAGAGUGCAGAGACACACAUGAAGCUGCGCUAAAACGAAUAUCUGCAUUAGAGUCUGAACUGUGUGAUGCCCAUAAUUUAGUUUCUUCUUCGCAGAAAUUGUGGGAGAGCCAUUCUUCGGCACGAAUGUGUCUGCUUGAAAGGAAUGAUACCACGGCCUCACAGAAAACCGAUGUGAAACAACCAUAG